AUGCCUACCAACAUUCUAACCAUGAAGACAAACAAUGAUUUUGAACUUGAUUGCAAGAAAAUUCAUGAUUCUUUAAGUGGUUUAAGCCAACUGAUUCCAUCACUUGCUUCCUUAACCAUCCUUGAAAGAAAACAACUAAGGGAAACAUAUAAGGAAGUGUAUGGUGAAGACUUGAUAAACCAACUACAAAAAUAUGAUGAAGAUGAUUUCUUUUCUUCUAUGAAAUUCUAUACUUUGUCCUUAUGGAUGCUUUGUCCACAUGAUAGAGAUGCUUAUAUAGCUAGAGAAGCUCUUCAACAAGAUGAAACCAAUUUCAAGGCUCUUGUGGAAAUUUUUGUAGGUAGAAAAUCAAGUCAUGUUGGUCUCAUCACACAAGCAUAUCAUAAAAUGUUUAGAAGGCAACUGGAUCAAGAUAUUAUGAAUUUGGAUCCUCCACAUCCAUUUCAAAAGAUUCUUAUGGCAUUGUCAGCAUCACAUAAAGCUCACCAAGUAGAUAUAAGCCAUCAUAUAUCAAAGUGUGAUGCAAGGAGGCUAUAUGAAACUGGAGAGGGAAGCUUAGGAGCUAUAGAUGAAGCUGUUGUACUAGAAAUUUUAAGCAAGAGGAGUAUUCAACAAUUGAAGUUAACAUUUUUGAGUUAUAAACACAUUUAUGGACAUGAUUAUACAAAGUCUAUCAAGAAAGGAAACAAUGGACAAUUCGGUAAAGCUCUAAUGGUAGUUGUAAACUGUAUUUGCAAUCAAGCACAUUAUUAUGCAAAGGGAUUAUAUACAACCAUCAAAAAUGGGAAAAGGGGCAUAGGAACUUUGGCAAGAACACUUGUAAGGAGGGCAGAUAUAGACAUGGAUGAGAUUAGAAGUGUUUUCAAGGAAAAGUAUGAGAAAGAACUUGGUGAUGUUAUAUUUGAAAGCAUUCCAUGUGGGGACUAUAGAGACUUUUUAAUUGCAUUGGCUACAAAAUCUUCAACCCUUUCUUCCAUCUCAUAA